CUGCAUCGCCUCUGUCGGAACAAAAGGAUAGAGAAACAAAAGGAAACGAAAAAAAGUCCCUCUUCCCCGUCUCCGCCGCUCACUCUCUCACACACACACACUCCCUCUCACGCACCCCCGUCCUGCUCCCGACGACGCCUCUUGUAUCAGCCAGUGCAGUGUAGCUGCUACUCCUACGCCCUACAGCCUCACCUACCUCCCGCUGCAUCCACCGACUCCUACGCCUACACAACAGCUACACCUUCGGGCCUGCUCGCCAUGGCCGACACCACACCCACCAUAGCUCCUCCGCCUCCGAGGCCAGGCAGCGCCGACAGCUCCGAUGGAGGAGAGACUUUCGAGGACGCCCCCGAUCUGACCCCUCGUCCACCCUCACAUGCCGACCGCUCACGCACACGAUCGCUACUCAGCAGGCGCGCCUCCUCUUCUUCCAACGCACACGACCCACGAACCGAUUCUCCCGCACCGGAGCUCCCUCCCAAAGACACACCCCAGCAGGACGAGUCAUCUAAAACAGAUGAGGCACCCGCACCCCCGGAAAAGCAAAAUCAAGAUCAAAAACCCGAGGAUGACACAACCGCUCCCAAGUCUCCCCUCCCUCCAACACAACGUAUAUCAGUCACAUCAAUGGACGACGUCUCAUUAGAAGAAGAAGGAACAAAAUCUCCAGAUAAUCAACCAAAGCUGCCCCCUCGAGAUUCAGCAAGUGGAUUGCAGGGUUUAUCUGGCAAGAUGUCUCCUGUCAAAUUUCCUCCACCGCCUCCGGCCCCACCCGCGACCGAGAAGGAUAAACAUACUUCGUUACCAACCCCACCCGCUGCGCCCACAAGGAAACUCACUAGUCCAUUCUCUUGGCUAUCGCGAAACACAUCCAGCAAGAAGCAGCCCGAGUCGCCCCCUUUGCAAGCCAAUGAUCGAAGGCAUACCGCAUCCUCUCUUCAAACACUCGGCAGUAAUCCGGAUACAUCGCUUGGAAGGAUCGACGACGAAGAUUCACAGACGAAGAGAACAAGCACGGGUAGUCUACGGGAUAGGUUUAAGCUCCUGAGGAUGAGGGAUGAGGCCGGCAUUCCCUUGGACGAAGAAGCUGAGAAGGCAGGGCUGGGUCUGGGCAUUUUGAGCCCUACUGCAACAGACACUGAGCAUGCUGCAAGCAUCACAUCAGGCCCAACCAGCCCUUUGCCCGGCAUCACAAGACAACCAACGGUCAACCCCAGUCUAGCCCCCGGCACUGCCGCUGGCUUCGCGUCUGGCCCAGCGGGUGAUGCUGCGGAGCCUGUCGACUGGGAUCUUUGGCAAAAUGUCGUGAAUGAAGGCCCAGCAGCUGUUGCCCGCACAGGAUCAGAGGAACUCAACCGAGCAAUCGCAAGCGGUAUCCCACAGGCCAUACGUGGAGUCAUAUGGCAAGUGCUGGCACAAAGCAAGAGCGAGGAACUGGAGAUUGUAUAUCGACAGUUGGUUGCUCGAGGAACGGAUAAGGAAUACAAGUUACCAAAGACCCCUAUUGUCACCAACGGGGAUAUCAACGGCAAGGAGAAAGAGUCAAUAGCUUCAUCUUCAUCCUCUGUUCAUUCAGAUGUCUCGACUCCGGCAACAACGACCGGCAGCACGAACGCCGCGCUGCCUUCACCGUCUAUCUCGUCCGACAACGACGCGGGGAAACUGCAAAUCAAGACUGGCGCAGACAAAAAAGAAUCGACCAAAGAAGAGGCCGCAGUCAUUCUGAAACUGGAGAAGACGAUCAAGCGCGAUCUCGGGGCCCGAACCAGCUAUUCCAAAUAUCUGAUGGCUGCUGGCUUACAAGAUGGGUUGUUCGGUAUUUGCAAGGCUUAUGCUUUGUAUGAUGAAGCUGUGGGCUAUGCGCAAGGCAUGAACUUCAUUGCUAUGCCGUUGUUGUUCAACAUGCCCGAAGAAGAAGCUUUCAGUCUUUUCGUGACGUUGAUGAACAAGUACAAGCUCCGAGACUUGUUCGUACAAGAUAUGGCUGGGCUGCAUUUGCACCUUUACCAAUUUGAACGUCUCUUGGAAGAUCUCGAGCCCGCACUGUACUGCCACCUUCGCCGCAAGGACGUCAAGCCACAGCUGUAUGCGACCCAGUGGUUCCUUACCCUUUUCGCAUAUCGAUUUCCUCUUCAGUUGGUUCUGAGAAUCUACGAUCUGAUCCUCAGCGAUGGGCUGGAAGGAGCCAUUCUCAAGUUUGGAAUCGUAGUCAUGCAGAAGAAUGCACAAACGCUGCUGAACAUGAAAGACAUGUCUGCUUUGACAACGCAUCUCAAAGAGCGCAUUUUCGACGUCUACAUCGACAAGGCCCCGUCGGCGUCUUCGAUUCUCGAGAGUGGAUUCUUCGGCUCUACUGGCGGUGUGGACAAGGAGGUCUACCGGGCCGACCAGCUCGUCCGUGACGCAGUAGCGGUCCCGGUAACGCCGCAAAUGCUCCAACAAUAUACGGCUGAGUGGAAGGAACAGCAGCGGAUCGAGAAGGAGCGUGAGACCGAGCUUCAGGGUCUGAAAGACAAGACAAUCAUGCUCGAGAAGAAGGUGCGCGUGCUUGAGCAGCGUGCAGAGCAAUCAGACACGGAACACGUGGCAAUGGUCUCUGAUCUUGUCAAGACCAAGGUCGAGAACGACAACUUCGCAGAGGAGAAUGAAGCUCUGAAGACAAAGGUAGAGUCGCUUCAGAAAAUAGUGGAUACACAGGUGGAAGAAGUGGAGGCGAGGAUGAAGGGAGAAAUGGAAGAAGUUAUGGCCAAGAACAUUGUUGUGCACAAUGAAAACCGAGCGCUCGAGGAAAACAUGGCGGAGAUGGAAAAGGAGCUCGUGUCAACCAAGAUGCAGUGGGCUACCAUCAACGAAGAAUACGAGCAGCUCAAACAGAAGUGGAACAACAUGGCCCAGAUGAUGAAAGGGUAG